AUGCGUCGUGCAGCUAUUCAAGCGUUCCGUACUGCUCGUCGUGCGCCAAUAUGGCGGGUUGCCGGUAAGAAACCGCCCGCUAUAUCGUUCACAAGCAGCCAAUCUGUCAACCUCCGGCCCUACUCCUCGGCCAAAUAUCCUGCCAUCCUUUCCUCUUCUCUACAGUCCUCGAUGCAUCUUCGAACCUUUUCUGUCGCAGUCAUCUCGACAGUAGUCGCUUCCGGAGCCUGGUACGCUUAUCAGGGCGACAGUUCCCAAACACCAGCAGCCGCCGAAAUGCUCACGCCCGAGCAAGCGACACAGAAGCUGAGGAAGAAUGAGGAAUCAUACUCGGUGAAUCGGGGAAAGGGGGUUGUUCGCUAUGAUGUCGUUCAGGUACCGAGCAAUUCUCCCAUUGAAGACGACCAUGCGGAGAAGAUAGUCGAAGUGCCUGCGUCCACAGCUGCGGCCAACGAAGGUCAAUCCAGCAGUGACUGGAUGUUUUGGGCAGUGUUCGAUGGUCAUUCUGGUUGGACAACAUCUGCCAAAUUGCGCAAUGUUCUCAUUUCAUACGUUGCUCGGGAGCUGAACAGUACAUACAAGUCUGCAGCCUCCGACCCAUCGCUCGUUUUACCGUCAUCUGCAGCUGUUGAUGCCGCCAUCAAGCAAGGCUUCGUUCGUUUAGAUAACGAUAUUGUCCACAGCAGUGUCGACCAGGUCUUCAAGUCCAAUUCGCGCCGCGCUGCAGCCGAAUUGCUCGCACCUGCUCUUUCCGGCUCUUGUGCUCUCCUUGCGUUCUAUGACUCGCAGAGUAAAGAUCUGAAGGUCGCAUGUGCGGGAGAUUCUCGGGCCGUCUUAGGCCGUCGCAGUGAGAAUGGAAAGUGGUCAGCAACUCCGCUCUCAGAAGAUCAGACAGGUGGCACACCCUCUGAAAUGAAGAGGUUGCGCGAGGAACACCCUGGCGAGCCUAAUGUGGUACGGAACGGACGAAUCUUGGGCCAGUUGGAGCCUUCUCGUUCCUUCGGUGACGCCUUCUACAAGUGGUCCAAGCAGACUCAAGACAAGAUUAAGCGACAGUUCUUUGGUCGCACUCCCCAUCCCCUGUUGAAGACGCCACCUUAUGUUACCGCUGAGCCUGUGAUCACAACAACCAAAGUUGAACCUACCCAAGGUGACUUCGUCGUACUCGCAACCGACGGACUCUGGGAGAUGUUAAGCAACGAAGAAGUAGUCGGCUUAGUUGGCCAGUGGAUCGAGGAGCAACAAGCCGGAUCCGGCAACAAGAGCUGGGUACGGAGUCUGUUCAGCUCCCAACCCCAGCUGCCCGUCGAAACACCACAGGAGACGACUACAGAUGGCCAGCGCCGCCCCAUCCGCCAGCAGCAGUAUGAUAUCUCUGGCGCUGCCAACCGCUUCGUCGUCGAAGAUAAGAAUGCUGCCACCCAUCUCGUCCGCAACGCGAUGGGUGGAAAGGAUAAGGACAUGCUCUGCGCUUUGCUAACCCUUCCAAGCCCCUACUCCCGAAGAUACCGUGAUGACGUAACCGUUGAAGUUAUUUUCUUCGGCGACAGCCCCGACAGCCGCACGGUCUCAGUCAACGAAGAAGCUAGUGCAUCCGAAGAGAACGUGAAGGCUAAACUCUAA